AUGGCCGGCGGCACCGCCACCGUCUGUUCCAUGUGCGGCGACGUCGGGUUCCCCGACAAGCUCUUCCAGUGCGCGCGCUGCCGCUACCGCUUCCAGCACUCGUAUUGCACGAACUACUACGGCGACGGGGCGCCGGCGUCGGCCGGGGCCGACAUGUGCGACUGGUGCCUCGGCGACGUCGCCGGGAAUAAGGCGAGGAGGUGCGGCUCCGCAUCUGGGAAGCAGCAGGCCUCUGGAAGCCAGGACUCAAUCACGACGAACUCCUCCGGGAGGACCGACAAGGCGGCCAGCGGCGGCGACCAGGAGAGCGGGCGGCAGGUGUCGACCAAGGUGGGCGGCCGCAGGUACAAGCUGCUCAAGGAUGUCCUGUGUUAGUACUUAGUUGUAGGUCUUGCGAUUGCGAACCUGAGCAGCAAAAUAACACUAGCAAGCUAGUCAUGAGGAUUCAGCAGUUAGCUUAUAUUAUAGCCAAGGCAGGUAGUUAGUUUGAUCGUUGUGCAUAGUAUAUGC